AUGUUCUUCGUUAAGACAUCGCAGCGAAGUGUGGACGCGCUAAAGGACAUCCUGAUCAAAUAUGAGACAGCAUCAGGCCAAACGAUAAGCCCCUUGAAAUCUUCCAUCACAUUCUCGAAGAAGACUCCCAUGGAGGUGAAGAUCAGAGUACAAGCUAGCUUGGGAAUCACAAAGGAAGGAGGCGUGGGCAGGUAUUUAGGCCUGCCUGAACACUUCGGGAGGCGAAAGAAAGACCUCUUUACUUCAAUUGUGGACAGCAUUCGACAAAGAGCCGCGAGUUGGAGCUCCAAGAAGUUAUCUAGUGCUAGAAAACUAGUCAUGCUCAAGUCGGUGUUAUCAGUCAAACCAACAUAUGCCAUGACCUGUUUCAAACUCCCUCUCAGUCUCAUCAAGCGAAUCCAAUCAGCGCUAACAAGAUUCUGGUGGGAUGCUAAUCCCGAUGAGCGGAAAAUGUGUUGGGUUGCUUUCUCGGAGCUGGCUAAAUCAAAGGGAGAAGGGGGACUAGGCCUCCGCGAUAUAGAGAUGUUUAAUGUGGCUUUACUAGCAAAACAAAGCUGGAGAAUUGCCACAAACCCUGAGUGCCUGCUCUCAAGGGUCUUACUUGGGAAAUACUGCAAUCAUCAACCAUUCUUCAGUGUCUCAGCUUCAUCCUCAAUAUCACACGGUUGGCGAAGCAUCCUCUGGGGUAGAGACCUCCUCCUAGCAAAUACUGGGAAAGCGAUCGGGGAUGGCAGAGACACUUCGUUAUGGGAGGAACCGUGGCUCUCUUCAGAAACGCCAACCCGUCCAAUGGGACCGCCAACGGCUGAGACUAAGCAUUGGUGGGUCUCAGAUCUUAUUAGUAGGGAGUCGGGAGAGUGGAACAAAGCGUUAAUAGAGCGCACCUUGCCUCAUGCUGUCAAGGAGAUCCUCAGCAUAAAACCAAGCAAAUUAGGCAAGCCUGAUGCUCUGGUAUGGCUUCCAACAAAAGAUGGGGCAUACAGCACGAAAACCGGUUACUACACCGGCCUAUCAAUGAAGGAGACAACCCACUUGCGGCCUGCACCACCACAACCUUGCAAUUGGAACGCCGAUAUCUGGAGGGGAUUAUUUUCACCAAAACUAAGAGUUUUCCUAUGGAAAAUUGUUAAGGGAGCGUUGCCACUGGGAGAGAACUUAGAAAAGAGAAGUAUUCUAACCACCUCUAAGUGUAUUCACUGUGGACUGCGAGAGACAGCAUCACAUCUGUUCCUACAUUGUCGGUUUGCAACAAGAGUUUGGGCGAUGGCACCACUGCUACAUCCGGAACUCAUCACCUCUACACCAGACUUUGAAACGGCCCUCAAAAACUCAAAGAAGAUCACUAAUCUCCCACCGUCAGGAUUGGCGUAUGGCCCUCUAUUUCCUUGGAUUUGUUGGACCCUCUGGACUUCAAGAAAUCAGCUAAUCUUUGAAAACAGAGCAGUCACUCCGGAGGAAACACUGACACGAGCAAUAAAACUAGCGCGGGAAUGGCAUGAAGCUCAAUGUCAGGCACAAUCGCAGACUACAACUACUCCUCCACUGAAUGUAGUCCACCCUAUCGAGAUCACUUCUCGGAACAACUCUGGUGGAACUAACGUUUGCACGGAUGCGGCGUGGAAAGAAGAAUCAAAUAGAGCAGGCCUUGGCUGGAUCUUCACAGACCAUGCAGGCGAUACCAUUACGUCGGAAAGUAGAUCGGAAACUUUUGUUCCUUCCCCCCUCAUGGCUGAGAGCCUGGCCAUUCGCGAAGCUUUGCUUCAUGCGCGCCAAAUGGGCAUCUCCACCUUGACAGUGAAAUCGGACGCUCAGACUCUAGUCAGAGCUAUCAACGACAGGAAACCUCUUAAAGAAAUGUUUGGAAUAUUUCAUGAUAUUCUCAAAUUGUCUCUAGAGUUCCAUGUGAUCUCCUUUGUUUUUAUUCCUCGCUCAGACAACAUAGCUGCUGAUGCCCUUGCUAAGGGGACUCUACUUGCUUCUGAUAUUACUCUGCUAUCUGUGUAA